AUGACUAUUUUAGAGAGAAACUUGUACAUUUUAACUCUGGUCGGGGUAUGGAAACCCGAACAAUGGAAAGGAAUAAAAGCUGCUCUCUACUAUUUUUACGUUUCCGUUGUAACAAUUGUCAACCAUUCAUUUCUACUUUCUGGUGUUUUGGAUUUUGAGUUAAGAAACAUCGACGUGGUUAUAAUAAUUGACAAUUUAUCUCUUUUGAGUUGUCUAUUUACAGUUCGAUAUAAAAUAGUUACGAUUCUUUACUACCGAAAUAUGAUUGAGGAAUUCGUAAACCGUUUUCAGCAAAAGCCAUUCAAGCCUGAAGACAGCGAGGAAGAAAAAAUUUAUGAAAAAUUUGACAAAAUUACAAAAAAGAUAACUAUACUUUAUCCAGCAUUAUUUACUAUCGCGGUAUCGUGGUACUCGGUGGGUCAUAUAUUUCGAAUGAGCCCACCUAAUGUGAUGCCUUACCAGGGAUGGUUCCCUUACAAUUAUACCAUACCAAAAUAUUAUUGGCCGACAGCAAUAUACCAACUCUACGCAAUCUGCAGCGCUGCGUGUGUUAAUUUAGCAUAUGACUCAAUAUUUUGCUCCAUGAUGUACUAUUUGUGCGCGCAGACACACAUUCUUAAAUAUCGAUUUUCCAAGCUAGUGGAAAACUUGCAGAAAAUUAAUCUUGAGAACGACGGUAGCGUUAAUGCCAGAGAAGUAGAACGAAGAAUGGUUGGAGAAUGGGUUGAUUACCACAACGAUAUACUUGAUCUCGUCAAGUUUGUUAAAUCUUUAUUCUCAACUGCGAUAUUCGUACAGUAUUCAGCAAGCUCACUGUUGAUAUGCAGUAUUGCGUACACAUUAUCACAUACCGAAACUCGGACGAUGAAUUUUGCUGGUGAUUUCUUUUACCUCACAGCUAUGACCAUUCAAAUAUUUGUACAGUGUAUUUCUUCUGAUCAAGUUACAGUCGAGUUUGCUGACAUUACUAAUGCGCUUUACAAUACCACAUGGUAUAAUUUAAGCAAUAGUGUAAGAAAAUCAAUGACGAUAAUACUCGCAGAACCUUUAAAGCCUAUUCUUAUAAACAGCGGAUAUUUUGUAAUACUCUCUUUGGAAUCGUUUACAAAAGUCAUCAAGCUGUCUUACACUAUUUACAACGUACUUGAA